CUGUGCUUCUUGUUGUGCAGUGUGAUGUCCAGGGUCAGAAAUGCCUUAUGUGGAUCGCCAGAAUCGCAUCUGUGGUUUCCUAGACAUUGAGGAAAAUGAGAAUAGUGGGAAAUUCCUGCGGCGGUACUUCAUCCUGGACACACGGGAGGACAGCCUGGUGUGGUACAUGGAUAACCCACAGAAUCUUCCCUCUGGAUCUCCACCUGUUGGGGUCAUUAAACUUACCUAUAUUUCAAAGGUUAGCGAUGCAACUAAGCUGAGGCCAAAGGCAGAGUUCUGUUUUGUUAUGAAUGCAGGGAUGAGAAAAUACUUUCUACAAGCCAAUGAUCAGCAGGACCUAGUUGAAUGGGUAAAUGUUCUGAACAAAGCUACCAAAAUCACAGUACCAAAGCAGUCUGAUCCUCUCUGCCAAAUGGAUAAUGCAAAUCGUCAAGCUGAGAGCCCAGGUGGAAAGAAGCAAGUUUCUUACAGGACAGAAAUUGUUGGUGGUGUUCCCAUCAUUACACCCACUCAGAAAGAAGAAGUCAGUGAGGGCAGUGAAGGGGCUGACAGGAAUUAUUUGAAGCGGUCACAAAGCCACCUUCCUUAUUUUGCUGCUAAGCAUCCCCCAGAUAAUGCCAUUAUCAAAGCUGGUUACUGUGUCAAACAAGGAGCAGUGAUGAAGAACUGGAAGAGAAGAUACUUUCAAUUAGAUGAAAACACAAUAGGAUAUUUCAAGUCUGAACUGGAAAAGGAACCUCUCAGGGUUAUACCACUUAAGGAGGUCCAUAAAGUUCAGGAAUGCAAGCAGAGUGACAUAAUGAUGAGAGACAAUCUCUUUGAAAUUGUAACAACUUCUCGAACCUUUUAUGUGCAGGCAGACAGCCCUGAGGACAUGCACAGCUGGAUCAAGGCCAUUUCUGGAGCCAUCGUGGCCCAGCGGGGACCGGGCAGAUCGGCAGCUUCCGUGACUCUAAUCUUAGCUUUGCACUGUGUUCCAGAUGCGGCAGGCCAGAAGGCUGUCGAAUCCUUGUAUACAGAGGAGCAUCCCGAGCCUUCUCCCGAACCCGGCCAUGCUGUCCGUGCUGCCGGCCCAGGCGCAGGCAGCUCACAUUCCACAGCCCCUCACAGCAGCCCUGUGGUCCCAGCCCCUCACCCCAAACCCCCUGCCUUGGAGAAGCGAGGAUUUCACGAGUCUUUUACCAAGGCCAAACCAAGGAGCUACAAGAUCCAGGCUGUCGCUCCAAGAGAAUCAACUUCCAAAGUGACUGAGCGGGGCCCCUGGGAACCCCGCAGCAAAAAUGGCACUCAGGAACAGGAUCCUGGCCUUGUGGAUCUGGAUGAUGCAAGCCUUCCAGUCAGUGAUGUGUAGGGAUGGAAGUGUUUGGAGAAUGAUCCAUUUGUUCGGUCCUUUAAUUUCCUUGCUCGGACUUUGAACCAAAGAAAAUUCCAGGAAAUGAGAACAAGAAAAAAAAAAAAAAAAAAGCAAACCAACUGGAGCACUGCUGUUAUAUAUAUGUGUGUGUGUGUGUUCCUGUGCACACAUGGGUAUAUAUAAUGUGUUUGUGUGUUGCCUUUCAGCUGAGGGUCAGAGAUGGACCUUAGGCAUUUUCUCAAAGCCUGAUAGUAAAUCACUUACUAGGGAGGGGCCAAACUGCACAGUUUAGGAAAAAAAAAAACCCAACCCAAAAUGCAUUUGAAAAAAAAAGUACUUCUGCAAGUAAGCAAGGUACCAGCAACUUCUAAUUCCUAAUCUGGCAGGUUUACUAAAUUUACAACUAAUGCUCUAUUUUGGAGAACUCGUUGCCAACAAAUGUGAUUAUUUAAUUUCAUCUUAAACUACAGUAAGAUUUUAGGCAUGUAUGAGAACAUUUUCUCUCCGUGACUUUCAGAUACCAGGAAAUGCACAAAAUGUUUCUUCUGUUCUUUAGGAUCAACAGUGUCAACUGAUUUGUUAUCAGAACAAGAAUUCUGAACUCCCUUGGAAUUCUAGUUAUGGUGCUGUAAAAUUUCCACUAAAAUAAUAUUUUGAAUAGUCAGCCUAUUUUUGAUGCACUCCUAAAGGUGGAUUAUAACUUUUUGCACAUUUGGAUUUCCAUGGACUGCAUGUAGUGGUGUUUUGGAGGGGGGAAGAAGAGAAUUUGGACUUUGGAAUUUGGACACUUUAGAUCUUUUUAACUAAGUAGGGUUUAUGUUGUGUUACAUUAGGCUUUGCAGCAAUUAUGUUUUCUUAAAUGUUUCAAUGUUAAUUGUUUGGUUACUGUUUUGAGAAUGAUUUCCUUCCCAGUGCUUUGUGAACAGUUCUUGUUCCUGUAUUGAUCAGUGGAAGAACUCCUUUAGUUGUGUUGUUAUUGGUACUGAACUGUUCCUAGUCCUGCAAUCGUGGCCUAUAACUUUUGGUGCACUAAGAAUCUGAAGUGCCUGUGUUUUCUCUCACAUUGUUAAAACACUUUUGGGUUAGUGAUGUACACAGACCAUUCUUACUGGGUUUGAGGGUUGGCUUGGAGUUGCUCUGGAUAGCAUAGUUUGAAACAGCUCUUUAAAACAAGGUUUAUGCCAGGGGUACCAGUGUUCUGGUGUGGCACCCACUGCUGUGCAAUAUGUGUUCUUAAAAAGUGAGUAUUUGUUGUUUGUGUGCAUUGUGUUAUGGGGCAUCAGUGAUGCCAGCGAGGAGAACCUUUACAUUUCAAGUAUUGGAUUAGAUGGUGUGUACUUUUCAUCAUUUUUGAAAAAAAAUGUUUGCUUUAAUCCCAACCCCACAAAUAUCUCAUGCUGCUGCUUACUGUGAUCCCGACUGUCCAGCUUUGUGAGACUUUUUGUCUACUGGAACCUAAGAUACAUAUCAGGAAAGUCCAUCUUCUCUCCAACUUCCAAACUGACUUCCUGCUCGAGAGAUAUGGAUGGCUUUACCACAGCAAUUUGUUGAUCCCAAGACAGACUAAUUGGUGUCAUAUGAGAAUGGAAUAUAAUUAAUUUCAAAACCUUAAAUUAUAUCAGCACCUUCUUUCGGUUUUGGUUUAUUUUGUUUUUAUCCAUAAGCUAACUUACCACUGUCUUAAGGCAGUGGUGUCUGUAAAUUACUGGUUUUGUUUGACUUUAGAUAUAUGUGAAAACUAGCACAGAAUUGGAAAUUACUGUAAAUGUCUGUACUAGUAUUGUAGGUUUUAAUUUCUAUAAAAAUAAACCAUUAGCUCUUUAAAAGCUUAUUUUUUCACAAGUACAUUCUGUGUGGAAGACACUUUGCAUUGUAAUAUUUUUACUGUAGUCUAACAUCUGAAAUCACUUGCUCUGGUACAGCUUUCACACUGCAUGGUCAUUUUAUUAUAUUUUGGUAUUGGCAAUUUUACACAUUGGGUGGAGGUAAAGCAGCUCCAUUAUGGGACUUACAAAAAGAGGGAAAAAGAGAAAAAUGAAAAAAGAAAUGAACUACUGUUGUAGUUCAGUAGCAUAGGGAAAUAUUUGUGGUUGGUCACUGUCAGGGUCUCCUAUUUAUCAGUACUUUUAUAAAUCUAUGAAAAUUGUUAAAUUAUUUUAGAAACAAUGCUGUAAAUAUGUCACAUUUAAAUUGUCAAUAAAUCAGUUUGGGUAACUUAAAA